UCUUUCCCAUAAUGAGCUGCAUCAUCUGAACUGAUGUCACAGCAUCAUGCAGCAGGUCACACAAGGCACCUCCUAGUAUUGCAUCUUACAGAUGUGCCGUAAACAUCAAAAGAGGAUGAUUUGAACAGGACAUGCUGUUUUUGAAAUAAAUAUGGUUUAGACUUUCCCAUGUUAGCCAUGGAUGUAGCAGUUGCUCCCAUGAGAACUCAAGAAUUGGAUUCGAUGCCGUCUGAUGCAUCUCCUAUGCUUAUAAACAUGACUCCUACAAUGGAACAAGAUGGGGAAGAGGAUGCCAUAAAGGAUCUUGAUUCUGGCCAGCAGUAUGAAAAGCCUCCUCCUCUACACACUGGGGCUGAUUGGAAGAUUGUUCUCCACUUGCCAGAAAUUGAGACCUGGCUUCGGAUGACAUCUGAAAGAGUCAGGGAUCUGACCUACUCUGUCCAGCAGGACUCAGAUAGCAAGCAUGUGGAUGUGCAUCUAGUACAGCUGAAGGAUAUUUGUGAAGAUAUAUCCGAUCAUGUUGAACAAAUUCACGCUCUACUAGAGACUGAGUUUUCCCUGAAGCUUCUGUCUUACUCUGUCAAUGUGAUAGUCGAUAUCCAUACAGUACAACUACUCUGGCACCAGCUACGAGUUUCUGUUCUGGUUCUGAGAGAGCGUAUUCUCCAGGGACUACAAGACGCCAAUGGAAACUACACCAGGCAGACUGAUAUUCUGCAAGCAUUUUCUGAAGAGACUAAGGAGGAUCGUCUUGACUCUUUAACUGAAGUUGAUGAUUCUGGGCAGUUAACCAUCAAAUGUUCUCAAAAUUACUUGUCCCUGGAUUGUGGUAUUACUGCAUUUGAACUAUCUGACUACAGUCCUAGUGAGGAUUUGCUUGGUGCUCUGGAUGAUAUGACCUCCAGCCAAGGGAAAGCAAAAUCAUUUGAAUCCUGGAACUAUAGUGAGAUGGAUAAGGAAUUUCCAGGACUUAUCAAAAGUGUGGGUUUACUUGCAGUAGCUACUGAUUCCAUUGCUUCCCAGUGUAAUGAAGCAUUAAAGGAUAAAGAAACCCAUGUACCUCUUUCAGCCGAAGAUGGAGAAGAAAGCAAAGACAAGAAAGCACCACAUGAUCUCUCACUAGCAUCUCCUUCUGCAAAUUCCUCUCUUUCUAAAGGACCUUGCUCUGAAAAUGUUAUUUUACCUACUGAGAGCAAACCAGUUUCCACAUCAAAGAAUCCAGAAUGCAGUCUUCCACAGCACACUGGUGAAAAAAUCAAACACUCUCACUGUGAAACCUCAACUCCCAAGAGGUCCAUAAGAGACUGCUUUAACUAUAAUGAAGACUCUCCUACGCAGCCUACACUGCCAAAAAGAGGUCUGUUUCUGAAAGAUGAUGUGUUUAAAGAUUGUAUGGAAGCUAAUGAUUUAAAAAGGCAAAUCUCUCAAAUAGUCAAAAAUGAAAUGAGUAGAAGUACACCCUCAUUGUUAGAUCCACCAGACAGGUCCAAGCUUUGCCUAGCUUUACAGUCACCCUAUACUAACAGUCCAUUUGCAGUUAGUCAGUCAUAUGAUUGCUUAAAUACAAUAAGUGAUAAAAAUCUUGAUUACACAAUAAAUAAUCACUUUAAAGACAGUCCCAUAAUUCUAGGAAAGUCUACUUUCUACACCUCUAAAGAAAAAUCAAAGCACAAGAAGUGUCAUGAUGCUCCAGAGAAAGUGAAAGCUGGCAGAACAUCUGGAAAUAUUUGUAAAACAGCUCCAUCAACAGAAGACAAAAAAGGAGGAUAUUCUCUACAGAAUGGAAUCACUCCUCAUAACUCUCAGGCUCUGGAGGAGACGGAAACAGAUUCUUCUGCAUCAUCAGAUUCUUGUAACCAGAAAGAUCCAAAUGGGCAAUCACAAGGUAAAACUGAGUCCUUUAGUUCACCAACACAUAGCCAAAAGACUGCUUCUUCAGCUGGUUCUGAGCUUUCCAACUCAUCCCCUCUUCUAUUGACGAGAAAGAAAAAUAAAAGCUUAUCCUCUACAACACACUAUACUCAAAAAACUGGGAAAGACAGUGAGGUGUGGUAUGGAUCUGAUGAAUAUUUAGCACUUCCUUCACAUCUCAAACAGACUGAAGUACUAGCUUUAAAACUAGAAAAUUUGACCAAGUUGCUGCCUCAAAAGCCCAGAAGAGAAACCAUUCAAAACAUUGAUGACUGGGAGCUCUCAGAAAUGAACUCAGAUUCAGAAAUGUAUCCAACAUACCAGACAAAAAAGCACAAAAAAAGGGGUAGAAUUUCACCAAGCUCUUCAAGUGAUAUAGUAUCCUCCUUAGGUGACAGUAUUGAAUCUGGGCCUCUCAGUGAUAUUCUCUCUGAUGAAGAUCUUUGUAUGCCUGUAUCUUGCAUUAAAAAAUACAUUGAAGAAAAGUCAGAAAGGACUGCUCUCACUCAGCCCACUGGGAAUGAGACUUCUGCUUCAAAUAAAUCAGCUUUAAUUCAUCAACUGAUGCAAGAUAUACAACAUCAAGAGAAUUAUGAAACCAUAUGGGAAAAAAUUGAGGGGUUUGUAAGCAAACUGGAUGAAUUCAUUCACUGGUUAAAUGAAGCCAUGGAAACAACAGAGAAUUGGACUCCUCCUAAAGCAGAGACAGACAGCCUUAAACUGUACCUGGAGACACACUUGAGUUUUAAGUUGAAUGUAGAUAGCCACUCUGCUUUAAAAGAAGCAGUGGUAGAAGAAGGACGCCAACUUCUUGAGCUUAUUGUAUCUCACAAAUCAGAAGGACUGAAGGACAUGCUGCAGAUGAUUGCAAGUCAGUGGAAAGAACUACAGAAGCAAAUCAAACGGCAACACAGCUGGAUUCUUAGGGCUCUGGAUAUCAUCAAAGCAGAAAUACUGGCUACUGAUGUGUCUGCAGAGAAUGAGGAAGGGACUGGGAGCCCUAAGGCUGAGGUUCAGCUAUGCUACCUGGAAGCACAAAGAGAUGCUGUUGAACAGAUGUCCUUAAAACUGUACAGUGAGCAGUACAACAGUAGUAGCAAGCGAAAGGAAGAGUUUGCUGAUAUGUCAAAAGUUCACACAGUGGGAAGUAAUGGCCUUUUGGACUUUGAUUCAGAAUACCAGGAGCUCUGGGAUUGGCUGAUUGACAUGGAAUCCAUUGUGAUGGACAGCCAUGACCUGAUGAUGUCAGAGGAGCAGCAGCAGCAUCUUUACAAGAGAUACAAUGUAGAAAUGUCAAUCAGGCACCCGAAAAAGAUGGAACUGCUUAGUAAGGUUGAAGCUCUGAAGAAAAGUGGUGUUUUACUACCAAACGAUCUCCUUGAAAAAGUGGAUUCAAUUAAUGAAAAAUGGGAACUGCUUGGGAAAACCCUAGGAGAGAAGAUCCAAGACAUAAUGGUAGGGCACAGUGGGUUGGGUCCACGUGACCUGCUCUCGCCUGAAAGUGGCAGCCUGGUAAGGCAGCUGGAGGUCAGGAUCAAAGAGCUGAAAGGGUGGCUGAGAGAUACAGAGCUUUUCAUCUUCAAUUCCUGUCUGAGACAAGAAAAUGAAGGAACAAUGAAUGCUGAGAAACAACUGCAGUAUUUUAAGUCUUUAUGCUCUGAGAUCAAACAGAGACGUCGUGGGGUAGCCUCUGUGCUGCGAUUAUGCCAGCACCUCCUGGAUGAUCAGGAGACCUGCAACCUAAAUGCAGAUCACCAGUCCAUGCAGUUGAUAAUUGUAAACCUCGAGAGAAGGUGGGAAGCUAUUGUCAUGCAAGCUGUCCAGUGGCAAACAAGGCUACAGAAGCGAUUAGAAAAAGACUCGGAGCCUCUGAAUGUUAUUGAUCCCAGUCUGAUGGAUCUAAAUGGUCCAAGUGAAGAUGCACUAGAAUGGGACGAAACUGACAUAAGCAAUAAGCUGAUCAGUAUUCAUGAAGACUUAAGCGAUCCUGAUCAGGAGCUCAAGAAGGAUGACCUAAACCAGAAACCUGCUUCAGGAGAAUGUGGUGAUAAUGAUGUGAAUGAAGACGAAAGUAUCAGUAGUCGUGGAAGUCCUCUUUAUUGUUCCAACAUUACUUCCCCUCCAAAUCCUCAUGUCUAUCAGGUCUAUAGUCUUCAUAAUAUUGAAUUAUCAGAAAAAAACCACAUACCUUUUUUGAAAAAAACAUCCAGACUCUCCAAUGUAACACAGUCUAACAUUUUAAACAAAAGUCUUAGUAAAGACUCAUCAUUUUCAUCUACCAAAUCCCUGCCAGAUCUAAUAGGGGGGACCACACUGACAAAACCUUAUACCUAUAUGUAUCAGAGUGGAAACAUAAGCAGGCAUUCUGAGAGUGAGAGUGGGAUAGUGAGUGAAUGUGAUACAGAAACUACAAAUAAUUCAGAAAUUUUUUUGCUAAAUGAUAUUGAAAGCACUCAGAGUAAUCCUGAAAUUGGGCAUGUGGAAAGUCAAGUGGAUGAUGUAAUACAUCAAAAAAUAAAGCAAGAUGAAGAAGACCAUGCUAGUCUCUCAGACGAUUUCCAGUUGGCACCUUCUGCAUGUUGUGGAAGUGAAAAUGGUGAGGAUUUGGACAACAUUACCAUGUCUAACCCUGUUUCUCUAGAAGAAUUGCAAGGAAAACAUGACGUGUUUACAUUUUAUGAUUACUCAUAUCUUCAAGGCUCCAAAUUCAAAUUACCAGUGAUAAUGAAACAAUCACAAAUUGAAAAAACACAUACAGAGGGUAGUUUGUUUAAUGACAUUUGUUUUGAUAAAAUGCCUGGUAACUCUGAACAUAAGUCUGUAGAGUCACAACCAGAUGAGUUUAUUCAUGACCAUACUCUGGCAAGUAUUUGUGGAGAAUCAGAUCCCAAUUGCUGCAAAUCUGCAGAAACUGUAAGAAAAUUUACUCUUACAGAGAAUACAAGACUGGUUUCAGCUUUAUCUCGUAGUUCUUCAUUAGAAUCUCUGUCUGUAGUAGGGGAUUUAUUCAGCUCAGGUAUUUUUAAAAGUGGAGAUGGUCUUCAGCGAAGUACCUCUUUGGAGAGCUGGCUGACUUCCUACAAAAGCAAUGAAGAUCUUUUUAGUCAUCAUGGCUCAGGAGACAUAAGUGCAAGCAGUGAUUCCGUUGGAGAGCUCAGUAAAAGGACAUUAGAUCUUUUGAAUCGCUUAGAGAAUAUCCAGAGUCCUUCAGAUCAAAAGAUAAAGCGCAGCAUCUCUGAUAUAACACUCCAAAGUAGCUCUCAAAAAAUGUCUUUUACUGGACAGCUGUCUCUAGAUGUUGCAUCUUCGAUCAAUGAAGAUUCAGCAGCUUCUCUCACCGAACUCAGCAGCAGCGAGGAUCUUUCUCUCUGCUCUGAAGACAUUGUACUGCACAGAAAUAAAAUACCAGAUUCAAAUGCAUCAUUUAGAAAACAUCUUAAUAGGUCUGUAGCUGAUGAGAGCGAUGUCAAUGUCAGCAUGAUUGUUAACGUCUCCUGCACUUCUGCUUGUACUGAUGAUGAAGAUGACAGUGAUUUGCUUUCAAGUUCCACUCUUACCUUAACUGAGGAAGAGCUAGGUAUCAAAGAUGAAGAUGACGACUCCAGUAUAGCAACUGAUGAGGAUAUUUAUGAAGAAUGCAAUUUAAUUUCAGGACUUGAUUAUAUAAAAAAUGAACUCCAAACCUGGAUUAGACCAAAAUUUUCUUUGACAAGGGAGAAAAGAAAAAGUAACCUCUGUGAUGAAAUUCAGCACAGUAAAGAAGUUAGUAACGAGACAUCUAAAGCCACAGAUACAUUAAGCAUUGAAACACUAUUGAAUUGUUCAGUACAGAAAAUGUCAGAAAAUAAUGGCAAUAGUAAGAAUAUACCAUGUGAUCAUGAAAAAGGGACAAAGAGUCACCCAGUGAAAGACAUCUCCCAGGUUGUGAAGGAUCAGCUUGUGGAUGAUAUGGAGAAUGGCAAUGUUGAAAAUACUCUUGGCAGUCAAAAGGAAGGUGUUGUUAAAAUAGCAGCAACACCCAAAACUCAUGCAUCACUUGAUGUUAGAGAAGCUGAAAAUGAAGGUUGUGUCUGUGAAGCAUUUACAGACAGUUCAGAUGAUUCACGUAUGGACAGUAAAGAGACUAUUCAGUCCUCAGCUGGAUUCAGAAACCCUCCAAAAGAAUGUCAAAGUCAUCUUCAACCUGAUCAUAACUCUGUUGCUUCCUCUCCUGCUAAAAAGCCUUGUCUUGAAUCUUCCUCAGAAAUUAGUUCUGUAGACAUGCAAGGUACAGCUUUACAGGCAUCCUUGCCUAAUGGUCAACAACACAGAACAAGCAUUACUGAAAAAUUUGCUGAUUGCUGUGCUACCUUGAAAUCCAGUAAAGCAGAAUGCAUUUCCUCAGCCAAUGAUCUUGAUUUGUGCUGUAACUGUGAAUCUGCUGAUUUUGAUAAAAAACCCAUGGAGGAUGGCUCAGUACACAAUUUUGUGAAGGAGAUAAUAGACAUGGCAUCAACAGCUUUGAAAAGUAAGUCACAGCCUGAAUGUGAGUCAUCUGCUCCAGCUUCAUUAGCACAGAUCAAGGAAAAAGUGUUAGAACACUCUCAUAGACCCAUCCAUCUAAGAAAAGGGGACUUCUAUUCUUACCUUUCACUUUCUUCUCAUGAUAGUGACUGUGGAGAAGUAUUCAAAUACAUAGAGGAAAAGAGCAGCACUCCUGUGCCACUGGACUUCACAGAUGAGAGAGAAAAUAUUGAAUGCUUUUUUGAAGCCUGUCCUGAGGAAGAAUGGGUUGAGCAGCAGCAAUCCAUUUCUACUGGUUCUCCUGAAGCACAAGUUGAGCAGCAGCAACCUAUUUCUAACCCUAUUUCUGAAACAUCUGCAGAGCCACUAGGUGAAGUGACUCCAGAGUCAUUAGAAGUUAAAAGUUCACCUGAAGGUAGGGAUUUAUCUUUUUUAUGUGGGAAUGACAAUAAUAUCAAUGUCCCAAAUCCUAACAAACAUAAUGCAUCAAACAAUUUGAAAAAUGCUGAUGAUGAUUUGCUGAUUUCAGAUGGACAGACUGAAAGUUUUGAAAAGAAUUCUCCAGAGCUUAGCACUAAAAAGAGUAUUACAGGGAAAUCAUCUGGAACUGAAGAGCACAAAGGAUGUGUUGCUGCUUCUGAAGAGGCUUCAGCUAUAGAGUUUCAGAUAAAGCCUGGCCAUUCGCAGAAAAAGGACGUUUUGCAUCAGAACAGAAAAACUCUUACUUGUGAAGAAAAUCUCCUGAAACUUCAUAAGGAAAGACAUAUAAAUAUGCACAGAUAGAAUGUAACCAUCUCAAGGCACGUACAUUAUUCUAGAAACAGGUAGGUGAAAGAUUUUUUUUUAUGGAACAGUGCCUCUGCACCAUUGUUACGGUAAGAAAGUUAGAUGAUAUCUCUAUGUCUUUACAGUUUGUGCUGUUCAUUGUAUCCGUGUGUACACAUCAGCAUACAAACACAUACAAAUAUACAUGAGGUAUAUAAUAUAAUCAUAUAUAAAAAUAUAUUCAUAACAAUAUAUAUCAUAUAUAUAAUUCAUAUAUAUAUGAAAUUGUUUCUCUUUGGAUUGCAAUAAACUCAGAUGCAGAGUCGCUGUCAGAUAGCAUCUUGACCUGCCUUGGUUAUAGGAUACACAGAUGACAUAGCCUUCUAUGUCACAUAUUUUAGUUUCAUUCCAAUUCCCUUGUGUUAAGGAAAACAAGAUUUUUUUGUUUUGUUUUGUUUUUUGGGGGGUUUUGUAGGGUUUUUUUGGGUUUUUUUUUUUGCCUUGAAGACAUAGGGAACAAUGUUGUAAAUUUUCCUGUGCUGCAGUGCACAGUAAAGGGGUUAUUAAUGUUUAGGCCAGACCAAACUAAUACUUGGCUCAAGACGAUUAACGGGGACUGUCAAGUUCUUAGCCAAGUCAAUCUCCUUCACUGACAAGUUUCUACAAACUCAUUCCUAAUAAUAGUAUCACUUUGAGAGAGAUUUUGGCCAAAAAAUGACAUGUGAUCUAUUGCCUUCAGUGCUGUGUGUCUGAUUUUUCGAACUCGCCCUGUCUUUCGUGCCUUUUCUACCAACCUGAAAUACUUACAUUUUUCAUAUGGCUACUGUUUGCUCUGUAAAUACAUGCUCAUCCCUGGUAUUAGAAGUGUCCUUAAGGACUAUACCAUAAGUGAACUUGUCAUCACUUAGGUCUGUGCACUGGAAGAAUUCUAAGUGCUUCAGUGCUUAAAAAAUGGAAUUUCCUUUGCAAUAGCAAGUAUUAUUACUUUAUUUUUGGUGAGUUGGGAAAUAAGCUAAGUUAAAAGUGAAGUUAAAAUUGUAUAAAUCAGUAAUUUUAAAGUACAAAUACUACUGUGAUACUGUAGUUAUUGUCAAACUAAUUCUUAAAACUUACAAGAAUUACAGAAUUAUAUCAUGCUUAAAAUAAAUAGUAUGAAAAGAACAGUUAGACAAGUAAAUACUUUUACCUCUGCUUUACGUUGAGCCCAUCUCUCAUGGGACAUUCUGGGAGUGGAAGGGAAAAUAAUCUUUAAAACACAUGGAAUAUUUUAAAGAUUUUUCUCUUUCUUGCAAUUAGUGUGAGGAUGUUUUAAAUGCAGCAAUGAUCCAGUUGUAGCAUUUUCCAAGCCUUAUGAGAGUGACAGGGAAAGGAAAACAUAUUUGACAAGAUUUCAAGCAAUCAUGGAAAACCAGAAACCAUUCUUGAUGAACUUCAUUUACAAAAUUAAAAAAAAAUCAGACUCUGGAAGAACUGAUAAUGAAUAUCAAACAUAUACUCCAAAUCUUUUCCUUUUUUUCAGGAAGAGAUAUACGCUACUGGAAAUAACGAGCCCUUAGACAAGGUGGUAUGGCAAUUUCUCAUACAGGCUGUGGUGCAUAUAUACCUGAAUUUCUGCUCUAUAGCUUUUGAAUCAAAAGUCUGAACCCCGAAUUCACUUUAGCGGGCAUGGGUUCUGUUGUUUCUUCAUAAGGAAGAGGACCAAACUUGAUCUGAGAAACAUCUGCCUCUAACAAGCUUGAAAAAGAAAUUGUGGCAAGCAGAUUUUAAAUGAUAUACAAUGACAGACAAAAAAAAUUAUAAAUGGAAAAGAAAACAAAAAAGCAAUCUUUCUGUAAAUCCUAGUAGUCCUCUGCCAGUAGUCUAAUCAAGAAUACUCCAAGCUAUGUAGGAUUAUUAUAGUUCUAUUAAUUGGUCCUGACAUGGUGAUGUUAGACAAAUCUAUGCCUCUCUAUAGUUUUUACUUUACUUACCUCAAAGUAGGGCUUUUCAAAGUGCUGAAAGGACUAUGGAAAUGUCUUUUCAAUGGUUAAAAUGGUUGCAUGAAUCAGAAAAACAACACAACCCCAUAGUUCUGUUGGCAUGAUGAGUAUCUGUGCUGGCUCAGCUAAUCAGUGAUGCUUUUGGCCAUAUUUUGUAGAGGCAAAGCCUUUAAAAAAUUUUCAUGCAUGUAGAGCUCAAUUUUCCACUAUUAUUGUGACUACUAAAGAAAGCUGUCUUUGUAAGGAGCUUGCUUUAAAUGUGAACAUAAAUGUCUCUCAAACC